AUGAUCGAGCUUGGGCAGGCGAAUCUGCCUGUCCUAGAUGUAUUCACCACCAACAAGUCCCUCGACUCCGCGCUGAAGAAAAAUACCGCCUUCAUCAAACGCCUUCGCACAGGCAUCAGUGCCUCUGCACUAUCUACGUUUAUCGCUGAUAUCCGAACCCUCUCGCUCCACAAGUAUCUCUCCGAGAUCAUCUCCGCCUGUUACGAAGGCCUCUGCAAGCUUAAAUCCCCCGGAGAAAUCGCCGCAGGAGUCGAGGUUGUUAGCGCGCUGCAUCAGCGCUUCGGACCAUGGGAGUUCACGCGCCAAAUCGGGUGGUUGCUCGGCAGGGGUUUAAGCACACCAGACAAAGCGCAACUGAAGGCCCUCAGCCAGGAAAUACGUGAGCGCGAAGAGAAGGACCGUUUGUCUCGUCAUCGUGUGCUCCUUCGGGUUGUCACGGAGCUUUGGCUUGUUAAUGUGCUCAAGACGCUUGAUGACGUCGAGCGACCUGAGGAUCUAGGCGCCAAGGGCAAAGAGGGUGUUGUCGGAAUUGGGAACAAGCCAUCAGAUGCCCCGCUAAAAGCAAAGACUCCUACUGCUGGACAAAAAGAUCAGGACAGACCCGCAGACCCAUUCCCCUUGGAGGUUUUGAAAGAGCUUCUAGGACAUGACCGAGACCAUACCAACCUUCCUCUUGCAGUCUUGUUUGUCAAAAGCUUUAGCUGGGACAUUGUUGGCUCAAAGCUUGCCGAAGAUGGCAGGAAAACAGUCGAGGUUGAUGGCGCUACCUCUUCCGGUGCGGAUACACAGACUUUAGAGGCCGACGCAGAGUCUACGGAGGCCGAUUUGCCACUGACCCCGGAGAAGACCCAACAGCGCUUCAGAAACAUCUUGAAUCGAUACCUUGAAGAUGUUAAGGCUCAUGUAGUCCGUGACCAGAGAGCGCUCGCUCAACAGAACCGUCGCAAUGCCGAGGCGUACGUGAAGAGCGGUGAAAUCUUCGAGGACCGCCAGGCCAAUUUCGAAAAGCAGUCCAAAGUCUUGGAGAAGCUCGUGGCCAAUACCCAAGUGCUGUGCGAGGCCCUUGGAACUGAGAUGCCCGACAUCGCCGAGAAGGAGACCACUGAUGCCUCAGCCAGCGGUGGGAUCGGUCUUGUGAAGACCACGGAUUACCUUCGAGGCCAAGGCGAAGGCGCUGGAAUCUGGGAAGAUGAAGAGGAAAGGCGUUUCUACGAAAAUCUAGUCGACUUGAAGGGUAAGGUGCCCGCCAUGCUACUUGAGGACGGCAAAAAGAAGAAAACCGAGGCCGAGGAAACAGGCAAGAAGAAGCCCGAGGGUGAAGCUACCGAGACUACGGUGGAGGCCUCUGAAGAGACUCCUGUCGCAGAUACGGACGACCAGUCGACCGCAAUUGCUAGCAAGACUGUCGGCGCGCAGGUAGACUCUCUUCUCGCCAAGCUUCCUGAAUUGCAGACCAAAGAUCAAGUCGACCAAUUUGCUUUGGAUUUCUGCUGGGUCAAUUCCAAAGCUUCACGCAACCGGUUGGUCAAGGCUGUUUCAGAGGUUCCCAAAGGACGUAUCGAUCUUUUGCCUUUGUAUUCCCGUCUGGUGGCCAUCCUGGGGCAAUACCUGCCCGACAUUCCGCAAGGAAUCACUACCUAUCUCGAUGAAGAGUUCCGCAGUCUGCAACGGCGAAAGUCCAAGGAGUUCCUUGGUCAAGUCCGCAUGGCCAACGUUCGCUACCUGGCUGAAUUGACCAAGUUCGGCGUGGUCCCUGAGCACAUCAUUUUCCAUUGCUUCAAAGUUUCAUUGGACGAAUUUUCGCGGAUGAACAUUGAGAUAAUCGGUCAUUUAUUGGAGAACUGUGGUCGCUACUUGCUGCGCAACCCGGAGACAUCCCCUCGAAUGGCUUCAUUCCUGGAGACCUUGAGCCGGAAGAAGGCUGUUCAACAUCUGGCCCAACAGGAGCGAAUGGUCAUCGAAAAUGCCAUCUACUACGUUGACCCACCACCACGCCCUGCGAUUCAGCAAAAAGAACGCACACCCAUGGAGCUAUACAUCCGUCGCCUCAUCUACCUCGAUAUGAACAAGCGUAACUACACCAAGAUUUUGAAGUCUAUUCGCAAACUCCACUGGGAGGAGCGAGAGGUUGUUGAAAUCUUGGAACGUGUGUUCAGCAAGCCCGUCAAGGUGAAGUAUGGCAGCAUCCAUCUUUUGGCGAUCCUUGUAAGCGCUUUGUACCGGUAUCACCAGGAGUUCGUGAUCGGCAUUGUCGACAACGUCCUGGAGCAGAUCACGCUUGGUCUUGAGCAGAACGACUUCAAAUUUAACCAGAAGCGUAUCGCCGAAAUCAAGUACCUGGGCGAGCUUUACAACUACAAGAUGAUCGAUUCUCCUGUCAUUUUCGACACCUUGUAUCGCAUCAUCACAUUUGGCCAUGAAGGUGGGACCCCUGUUCCUGGAAGAAUCAGCAUGCUCGACUUGCCAGACGACUACUUCCGCCUGCGCUUAGCGUGUACCCUUCUGGAUACAUGUGGCCACUGCUUCGACCGUGGCUCGGCCAAGAAGAAACUGGACUUCUUCCUCUCUUUCUUCCAGUAUUACCUGUUUACGAAGGACCCCCUGCCCAUGGAUGUGGAUUUCCUUGUCCAGGAUACUUACCACUCUAUUCGCCCGCAAUGGAAAUUUGCCACUGAUACCGAAGAAGCGACCCGCAUCUUCAGUGAAGCUGUUGCUCAGAAUUACAACGUGCCUGAUUCCGAGAGACCCGUUGAACCCGACGAGGAAGAUGCAGAAAGCAGCUCGUCUGAUGAGGACCUUGAAGAGGACCCGAUUCACGAAAUUGACGAAGACCAGGAAUCCAGCGACGAAGCAGAAGUACGUCCCCCAACUCCCCCCUACGCCUUCCAUAUUUUUAACAUGACGAAGGUGUCUGGACCUAACCCGGAGGGCAAUGACGAAAGCGAAAGCGAAUCCGAGGAUGAAGACGAACAGAUUGUCGUUACACGCCAAGAAGAGGAGCGAGAUCCAGUGACCGAAGCCGAAUUUGACCGAGAAUACGAGAAGAUGAUGGCUGACAGCAUGGAUUCGAGACGGUUCGAGCGCAAGACUGUCUUUGAUAUCCCUCUUCCCAUGAAGCGUCCUCCCCGUGAAAACAUGCCCAGUGAUUCUAGCCCGGAGCCAGUCCACGCCGAACCAGUCCCGCCAAAGACGAUGGCAUUUUCCCUGAUGACAAAGAAGGGCAACAAGCAACAGACUCGAACCAUUGAUCUCCCUUCGGACUCGACCUUUGCCAUUGCCAUGCGAAGCCAGCAACAAGCCGACCGCGAGGAGCAACAACGCAUCAAGAACCUAGUCUUGAACUAUGAGGCCUCCAAUGAACCCGAGCCAACCGAGAGUGAGAAUGACCCCCCGGAGAACCCGAAUCGCAAGGACUUCCCGCUGAGACAAACCAAAGCAGCAACCCAGGAAAAGCGCACCCCCGCAAGCCAACGGACGGACAAAGCCGGUGCCAACCGGUCCGCAUUCCGCUCACGCAAGCUUCAGCUCAGCGAUGUCAACUGGUAA